AUGUCUUUCCGAUCCAUUGCUCUUCGUGCUGGAAGAGCUGCCUCCUCGACGACACAUACCACCACAUUCGCCAUGGCGCAACGAGCCCGAUCCGCCCCCUUGGGAGCCAGACAGCUCUCGACCGAAGCUCAGGAGAUCAAGGAGCAGCCCGGUGACGAAGUCGACGAUGUCGUGUUCCAGAACAAGUACGGUCUGCGGACGAUCAUGCUCAACCGCCCCAAGAAGCUCAACUCGCUCAAUGGCUCCAUGAUCCGCAAGAUUGUGCCGCGCAUGGUGGAGUGGGAAAAGUCGGACCUGGCCAACGUGGUCGUGAUGAAGGGCGCGGGCGAAAAGGCCCUCUGCGCCGGCGGCGACGUGGCCGCGCUCGCCCAGUGGAACCAGGAGAGCGCCGAUGGGUGGAAGCGAUCGGCCGACUACUUUGCGCUCGAGUACAAGCUCGACCACUACAUUGCGACGUACCAGAAGCCGUACAUUUCCUUCAUGGACGGCAUCACGAUGGGCGGCGGCGUCGGGCUGAGCAUCCACGCGCCGUUCCGCAUCGCCACGGAAAAGACAGUCUUCGCCAUGCCCGAGACGACGAUUGGCUUCUUCCCCGACGUCGGCGCCUCCUUCUUCCUGCCGCGCAUGAACGGCGCCGUCGGCACGUACCUGGCGCUCACCAGCGACCGCCUGACGGGCGCCAACGUCUUCUACAGCGGCGUCGCCACGCACUACCUGCACUCGACGAGCCUGCCGGACCUCGAGGCGCGCCUGGCCGAGCUGCGCUUCCGCGACGACGACGGCCCCGCGCGCCGCCUGCAGCUCGUCAACGAGACGCUCGAGGAGUUCGCCACGGGCCUGCCGCACGACCAGCCCAUGGCGCUGGCCGGCGAGACGCGCCGCGCCAUCGACCGCUGCUUCGACAAGAACAACCUCAACGACAUCAUCGCCGCGCUGCAGGCCGAGACGGGCGAGACGCAGGCCUGGGCGCAGAAGCAGCUCGCCACGCUGCAGAAGCGCUCCCCGACGGCCGUCCACGUCACCCUCCGCCAGAUGCGCGUCGGCGGCCGCUGGGACGUGGCCGAGGCGUUUGAGCGCGAGCACCAGAUUGCGUCACGGUUCAUGCAGCACCACGACUUCUCCGAGGGCGUGACGGCGCUGCUCGUCCGCAAGGAGACGCCCAAGUGGCAGCCCGAGUCGCUCGAGGCUAUUGCCGCGAGCGGCGACAACGUGGCGCAGCCCUUUUUCGAGUUUGACGAGAAGAAGACGCUGGGCCUCUUCUCGGACCGCACCUACGGCGACUAUCCCUACCCGCUGCUGGGCGUGCCCUCGGAGCGCGAGAUCAAGGAGGUGCUGCAGGCGAGCGCGCUGACGCCCAAGCAGCUCGCCGACAAGGUCGUCGCGUCGCGCAACGGCCGCCAGGGCAUCGCCACGGUCGUGGAUGAGAUUCUCAGCCGCAAGGUCGUUGCGGAUGGCAAUGGCAUCGCCAAGUGGGUAGAGACGGAGUCGAGCUCGUCGAGCAAGCUGUAA